AUGUCCUGGAAGGCCACAAACACGCACCUUCGCAUCCUCCAUGAUGCAGAGAGGCGACAAUACGGCGUGAUCGCUGCAAUCGCCUACAACAUCGAGCACAUCCUCGGACUCGUGAAAGCAGCUUCGCAAGCGCGAUCGCCGCUAAUUAUUCAAUUCUUUCCGUGGGCGAUUGAAGUAUCGGAUGGGUUGCUGGUGCGCACCGCCGCUGAGGCAGCUAAGCGCGCUGACGUUCCCAUUUCCAUUCACUUGGACCACGCCCAGUCGGAGGAAAUUAUACGAAAGGCGGUCGAUCUUCCAUUCGACAGCAUCAUGGUUGAUAUGUCGCAUUAUGAAAAGGAUGAGAACUUGCAAAAAACGACCGAGCUAGUCGCGCUUUGUAACGAGAAGCACAUCGCCACAGAGGCAGAACCAGGACGCAUCGAAGGUGGAGAAGACGGAGUCAUGGAUACGGCAGGGUUAGAGGCCUGCAUGACGACAGCUGAGGAGGUAGAAGAGUUUGUGGCGACGGGGGUAGACGCUCUUGCUCCUGUUUUUGGUAACGUUCACGGGGAGUAUGGGCCUUUUGGGCCAAGGUUAGAUUUUGAGAGGUUUCAAGAGAUCAAGAAGCUGGCCGUUGAGAGAGUGCGGUUGGUAUUACAUGGAACAAAUGGCUUCCAGCCGGAAUUGAUGCAGCAGUGCGUGAGAUCUGGAGUCGCCAAGAUCAACGUGAAUAAGUUAGUCUUGGAUGACUACUAUGAGCAUCUGCAUGCAAAUACGGGAAAAAUACCACAUACUCAGUUGAUCGAGGAAGGAAUCGUAAAAGUGGCUCAAUUAACGGCGAAAUGGAUGAAUAUUUGUGGAUCAGCAGGGAAGGCUUAA